GAAAGUAUAAGCUUUCACCGUUCAAGUGGCAAGACCGUUAACUUCCCAAACAUGAAGACGAGCCUCGUUAUUUGCUUUGCUCUGUCGGUCAGUGUUCUCUCUAAUGGGCUCCAUGUGUUAGGCCCCUCUGGUCCUCUGGCUAUCCAACCUGGAGGCUCGGUGAUGCUGUCCUGUUAUGUUCAAACUCCCAUACCAGUGGAAGAGCUGGAAGUGGAGUGGAGGAGAACAGACUCUGAAACGAUUGUGCAUUUGUUCCAAGAUGGAGAGAGUCAACCAGAGUCUCAGGACCAGGCUUACCAUGAUAGGGCACACUUCUUUAUUGAGGACAUUGCCCGUGGAAACUUCUCUCUUUUACUUACAGAUGUGACCACUAAGGAUACAGGACUCUACAAGUGUGUUGUUUACAGAAACCAGGAAUCUAAUGAAACUUUGAUUGAAAUAAAGAUGAGUGUGUAUUUGACUGUGUCUGGAGGUCAUGUUGUUUCUGUGUAUGCGGGAGAGGACACCACUCUGAACUGCUCUGUACACUCCCACAUCCCUCCUGAGGAGCUUGAAGAAGUCUCAUGGAAGAAAAGGAAAACAGAUGAAGACAUGGUAGUGUUCCAAUUUAUAAAUGGUCAGACUGUGCCAGAGUCAAUCCAUGAAGCAUACAGAGACAGAGUUGAGCUCUUCAGCCGUGAGGAAAUCCACAAAGGAAACUUCUCGCUUAGGCUGAAGAACAUUCAGAUUGAAGACAAAGGCUUCUACAUAUGUGAAGUAUUCCAUGAAGACUUAUCAGCUAACACCACAGUGGAAGUACAGCAGCUGGGUUUUUCCAGUAUGCAUACAGGGGUGUUGUGUUUCUGUAUCCUGGCAUUUGUACUUCUACCUGUGCUAGGCUACGCAGCAUACACUUCUAUAAAAAAUAACAAAAACACCAAAUCAGACUUGGCUCUACAGUGCACAUUUGUCUGCUGUCCAACCAUUGCUUUGGCUGUUGCCUUCAUCCUUUGGGGUGUGACUGAGGGGUUUCUUGCUGAGGUGGCUACUUGCUCAGCUCUGAAUCUUUUAAGGAUUCUUUCCCUGCUUUGGGUUACUUCCCAUUUCAAGACAUUUCCAGAGAAUAUCAGAAGAUUUAUAAAAAAAACUGCAGUUUCUCAAGGAUAUGCUUUAAUAACUGCAGUGAUUUAUUCAGGUUUGGUUGUGCAUAACUGGCAUAAAUAUGAAGCCAUCCAGAGCACUAAUGAUAGUUUUUUUAUGGUGUUGUCUUGGCCAUCCCAGCUCUUUUUACUGCUUCUGCUGUUCUUCUUGAGCUUCCAUCAUAAAGGAUCCCCGAACAGCGCAUAUGCCUGUAUAUGCAUAAACAAUUUAUUUAGGAUAUUCAUGAUUAUGACUUGGUAUUCUUUGAAAAGUAUAGCCAAUUUUUUCCUGGGAUGUAUUUUGUUGCUGCCUCUAUGCUGGUUAGGUUUUCAGCAGGGGGUUCCAUUUUUGACCUGGAUAUCAGUUCUGUGUAUCUUGGAGUUCCUAAGUACAGUAAUAUCAGUCUAUCUUCAUAAUGAAUUAUUGGAAGGUGAUAAAGAACGUGUGGCAUUGACCUGCGCUACUACGUAUCUCCACAUUUUGUCUUUGACUGCAUGCUUUAAAUAUCUUGAUCAUUUAUGUGAAUCUAAUUCUAUCAGCACCAGGACUUGGCUAGUAAGGGGAUCUAAUUCUAAUCAUGAUGAGACACAGCGAAUGCAAGGAUCUAAUUCUAAUGACACUGAGUCAGAACAAUCUCCAGGUCAAUUAUAUACAAUUGUAUACAUGCUUGGGGCAGUCGGGCUCAUUUGUGUGAACUCCAUCUCAUUAAUAGCAGAACUGAUCCUGAAAACACGAAAUGGUGAACGCACACUGACGGAUCUGAGAGUGAUUCUUCUGCCAUCUGAAUGUGUCUUUGCCAUAUGCUGUCUUGCUUUAGCAAUAUCUGCAUUCUGUCAUGCCCACUAUAGCUGAAGCUGACAGCAAUGUAGCCUGCUGUGUUUCUCCUUGCUCCUCUGUAUAACCACACAGAAAUCUCCUGGCUCACAGACAACUAUCUAGCGAGUUUGCGUCUAUAACUGUAUAUGUGUUAUAAUUGUUAUGGUAUAAACAUUAAUAAUGUCAUUGUACUUCAUUUCAUGUUCCUGUUUGUUGAGAAAUGGAAUUUUUUUUCAGUAUGUUAAAACCACCCACACUAACUAGUCAGGUCAUAUGCUUUUGACCAGUAUGGGAGAAAGUGGAAAAAGUUUCUAAUGAAAAUGUUGCAGUGCAGUCUGUUGCUCCUCUCAAACUGGGACCACAAAUGCAGAAAAAAAACAACUUGUGUUAUUUUCCUUUAAGGAGAACUCAGAAGUUGAUUUAAGCCAGGUAACUACAAUCCAAUUUGAUAUUUCAGAUAUAAUGUGAAAUUGUAUAACUAGCAAAAAUUAUUAUUAAUAAAACAGAUUAAAGUGCUGAGAGUCCAGUGCAUUACCAAGAUGCACUGGUUGUUCCUACAAAUUGGCAAGUGAGUGAUGUUUUCUGUGUUAUUUGGUAAUUGUUAUUAUUUGCUAAUCAGAGCCACUUAUGGCUCUUGCAUUUGUUCUGACUACUGGUUACAGCAACACUAUGGCACAAGGGAAAAUAUGUCAGUCCGAGUAUCUCCUAGACUGCAGCAUGCUCAGUGGAUCUCGGGCAUCUGUCAAAAUUGGGCUUGUUUGCCAGCUGCCUUCAGAUGCCACCUGGUUCUGUGAUCAGGGGGCAGCAAAGACAGUGGGGUGUGCUUUUGUGCAGAUGGUAGAUCCAACACUCCUCAACACCAGCACCUGCUGAU